UGAAACCAUUCAAAGCGCUGGACAUGAAAUCGGAGAUCCGUUCGAGAUAUCCACGAUUCGCAGAGAAGACUACGAAUUCAAUGUCGGAAAGUCUGAAUACGAAGACAUCCUUCAGUGCAAUAACGCCGCCUCUUCGCGAACCCCGAGAGGACAUCAAUUGCCCGCAGCUUUCCUCAUACAAGUGUCCGGUUUAGACAAACAUGGAUUGGAUUCAUCGAAGCCCAUUCCCUUCUCACACAUAGACAUCGCUGGCUCUUCGGGUCCAUUCCCGGGCGUUCCAACCGGUGCUCCAAUUGCCGCUUUGACCACAAGAUAUCUCUUGAAAGAGGACUAAAAUCGAAGACAACUCGAGAAGCUUUAAAUCGUUUUAUAAUCAGAAUAUAAUCAUGAAAUUUAAUGUUUAACUCGAAUACAAAUUGAAUAACUUUUACAAUAAAAUUUUUGAUAGACCGAAAGA